AUGUUUAAGCACAACUUUUCUUUAUCUCUUUUCACUGCUAGGUCUCAAGCUGGGACCCCUACUCUUAUAGAACUCACACUUUAUGUAUCAUAUGGUUCCAAGAAAGCAACAAUGGCUAAGCAGCAGCAGCGACAACGAUCCGUAACAGAUACUACAAGACCUCCUCUUGUUCCAGCAGAGAAGAACAACAAUGCGGUUGCUGCCACGACGCGCCGGUCUAGAACAGUGGAGGUCAGUUCAAGAUACAGAUCACCGACUCCAACCAAGACUCAGAGAUAUCCUUCACCUAAUGUCACGAGGACAGUGUCAUCAACCUCACAAUCGCUGUCGAAACGAGCUGUUUCGGUAGAGAGGAAACGCUCUUCGACGCCAACUACUCCGUCCACACCGGUUAGUGAUGUAUCUAUAGAUUUACCGGUUUCGUCUAGGCGUUUACCUGAAAGCUUAUGGCCUUCUACUAUGAGAAGCCUCAGCGUUUCGUUUCAGUCUGAUUCAGUAUCGGUUCCUGUUGUCAAGAAGGAGAAACCCUUUGUUACUACUGAUCGGACAUUGAGACCGUCUUCGAAUAUAGCUCAUAAGCAGCAGAGUGAGACAACAACCUCUGUGUCGAGGAAACUUACCCCAGAGAGGAAAAGGAGUCCGAUGAAGGGGAAGAAUGUCUCUGCAGGUCAAUCAGAGAACUCGAAACCAGUGGAUGGUUCUCAGAGUAGGUUAAUAGAACAGCAUCGAUGGCCUAGUAGAACCGGAGGAAAGAUGAAUUCGAAUUCUAUGAACAGAAGCUUGGAUCUUGGUGAUAAAGCGUCUAGGAGAAUGUCUCUUCCUUUGUCUGUUAAAAGCUCUAAGCCUUUGCAGAAGUCUUCUAGUGACACGGCAAGGUUGUUGUCUUGUUAUGAAAGUGGUGGACUAGUGAUGUCUCCAACGAACUCAGAAGAUGGUAACAGUUAUGACUCUCACAAGCUUUUAGAUAGGACAACUUCAGCUAGAGUUCACCCUUUGUCUGCUCCUGGAUCACGCGCUGCUUCUCCGAGCAGAUCCUCGUUUUCAUCAUCAUCCUCUAACUCUCGAGGCAUGAGUCCUUUGAGAGGAUUGAGUCCCUUGAGAGGACUGAGUCCUUCAAGAGGUGUGAGUCCUUCAAGGAUCAGACAAACCAACGCGACUACACAAUCUAGUAGCAACACAACAACAUCGGUUCUAAGUUUCAUCGCGGAUGUUAAAAAAGGGAAAAAGGCAACUUACAUAGAAGAUGUUCAUCAACUUCGCUUGCUCUAUAACCGAUACUCUCAGUGGCGAUUUGCGAAUGCUCGAGCUGAGGGAGUAAGAUAUAUCCGGAGGUUAAUUGCAGAGGAAACUCUAUACAAUGUGUGGCAUGCAACAUCAGACCUAAGAGAUCUCGUGACCAGUCAAAGAGUUUGUCUCCAACAGUUGAAGCUAGAGAUGAAGCUAGAAUCCAUCUUACAUGAUCAGAUGGUUUAUCUUGAAGAUUGGGCCACACUUGAGAGAGACCACAUUGGUUCUUUAGCUGGUGCCAUUGGAGACUUGGAAGCAAAUACUCUCCGCCUUCCGUUGACCGGAGGAACAAAGGCUGACCUUGGAUCUCUGAAGUUGGCUAUGUCCUCUGCUCUUGAUGUAAUGCAGAAAAUGGGAUCAUCCAUAUGUUCUUUACACUCUCAGAUGGAAGAGAUGGAUAAACUUGUUUCGGAUCUCGCUUUUAUAGUUAAAAAGGAGAACUUUAUGCUUGACAAAUGUGAAAAUCUCUUGGCAUCAACCGCAGUCAUGGAGAUAGAAGAGAAUAGCAUCAUGACUCAUUUGAUACAAAAGAAGCAAGAAGAAGAAGAGAUGAAGAUGCAGAGUCUUCGUUAUUGCCAUUAA